CAAGAGUGUGCGUGGUGGCGUCAUUUCCUGCAGAAGAUGGCGGAGCCGGAGUUGUUGCUGGAUUCCAACAUCAGGCUCUGGGUGGUUUUGCCCAUUGUCUUUAUCACUUUCUUCGUGGGGCUGAUUAGGCAUUACAUCUCCAUCCUCCUACAGAGUGACAAGAAGCUCACGGAGGAGCAAGUUUCGGACAGUCAAAUUCUGAUCAGAAGUAGAAUUUUGAGAGAAAAUGGAAGAUAUAUUCCAAAACAGUCUUUCCUAACGCGGAAGUAUUAUUUUAACAAUCCGGAAGAUGGAUUUUUCAAGAAGACCAAAAGAAAGGUUGUUCCACCCUCUCCCAUGACCGACCCCACUAUGGUGAUGGACAUGAUGAAAGGCAACGUCACCAACGUACUUCCCAUGAUUCUUAUUGGUGGAUGGAUCAACUGGACCUUCUCCGGUUUUGUCACGACAAAGGUCCCCUUUCCUCUGACAUUACGUUUUAAGCCCAUGUUACAGCAGGGAAUUGAACUACUCUCACUGGAUGCUUCCUGGGUGAGCUCUGCCUCUUGGUACUUUCUGAACGUGUUUGGACUCAGAAGCAUGUAUUCCCUGCUCCUGGGACAAGAUAAUGCUGCAGAUCAGUCACGUAUUAUGCAAGAACAGAUGACGGGUGCUGCAAUGGCAAUGCCUCCAGAUACAAAUAAAGCUUUUAAGGCUGAAUGGGAAGCAUUGGAAAUCAUGGAUCAUCAGUGGGCCUUGGAGGAAGUGGAAGAAGAGCUCAUGGCCAAGGAUCUUAAUUUUGAAGGAAUGUUCAGCAAGGAAAUGGAGACAUCGAUGUUUUGAGGCAACUUUAACCAGAAUCCCAAAUUAAAUUUCUCAUAAACUUGGGUUUGCAGUAAGACUGAAAUUUCUCCUCGACUUAAAAAUUCACUUGAAAAUAUUAGAAAUGUCUUUUAAAGCUUCAAGUUACACAAGCCACUGACUUGAUACUUUACUGUGAAUUUGAAAGCCAUUGGCAUAAAGAUACUAAUCAAGAAUAGAUUGUAUUGUUUCUUAUAACAUCCCAGGAAUUGUCUCCCUGUUCAUUCAUAAAAUGCAAGUCACUUCGUCUAAGGUGUCCAUGACCAAACGUGUUGGAUCCCUCCUUUGUUAAAACCAUUGUGGUGUGGGGAGAGUACUAUUCUCAUGUGGGUGAGGGUGUUUUUUGAGAUAAUGUUGCAAUAUGUUAUUUUGGAGUUCUUAAAGUUCAAAUUUAGAAUUUUGGAGUUCUUAAAGGUCAUAAUUUAUCUUCAUCUUGUGUCUAUCAAGUUUUUUUGCAUAUUAAUACUAAGGGAACUGGGGUAAAUAGGAUGGGAAUAUGUGGUUUUCCUUUAACCAUGUUGAAAUUGUGACUGAGAAGUUACAGGUUUUGCAUUAUGCCCAUUUUGAUGAUUUCACUGUAAACUGGUGUCUGGAAAAGAACAAAAAAAAAUAUCUCAUACAAUAUAUUUUAAAUUUAAAUUUAUAAUUUCUAAGCUGAGUUCCUUCUCCCCGCUAACUGCAGAAAUUGAAAUAUCACAAGAAAUUUAACUAGCAAUGUCAUUCAGAGAUGAACUCUGCAUUUGCAUUAUCUUUGCUCUAAUCAUGAAUUAGCUUUUCUAUUCCUGUAAUUUUGCACUUUAUGGUUACAGAUCGGUGGCACUCAGUUCACUGCUUUCUCUGUUAGUGUGAAAGGGAAAUGUGGAGCUGUUUUUAAAAUGAAUAAUUUGUCCACUUUUGGUUUGGAAACAUAACCUUGCUAGGACACUGCGUCAGUGUUUUGAAUAUGCUCUUGUGGUAACAAAAGUAUUUUAAGACAACUGAUCAAUGUGUGCAUUUCUGACAUGAUAUUGCCCAUUUGUUCAAGGGCAAGUAAAAAGAAAACUGAUUACCCUAUUUGUUGCAUCCUGUAAGUUCAGAGAAAAGCUAAACUAUCUGGAGAAAAUCCCAAGAACUUCCUGUCUGUACAAUUGAACUGAUCUCAACCAGGCCAGAGAUAGUUUAAUUCUCAUUCUGCAGGAGAUGCUUUUUUGUUACCACCACCCCCACCUAACAAUUAGGAUGUGUGUGAACAUUUGACACUGACAGAUUUGGAUAAGUGUUUGGUGCACAUUAUGGACAAGUCGCCCAAGGAAAUGCUCCUUAAAAGUUUACAAGUGAAGUAUUGGAAUUGGCCAAGGAUUUGUGUGUCAACAAUUUAAAUAAUUAAAUUGUGAAAAACUUAGAAACAACAAAAAAGACAUAUUAACUGCCAGUAUGAAGAAGGAUUCCAACCCAAAACGUCACCUAUCUAUGUUCUCCAGGGAUGCCUUUUGUGUAUUUCCUUGGCAAACUGAUUAUUUUGCUUCAUCGUAUUUAUUGAGCCACUCAGUUAGAGAGAACUAUAAAAGGUUUUGUUUCAACUGCAUGGUAUGCACUUGGGAUUAAGCCAUCAAGUCCCACCUAUUUCUCAACCCCUCGGUCUGAUUACCUGAGAUAAAGUCGUGUUGUUUCUCGACCAAAUUGCAGUAAAAUGAUGGUCCACUUGUUUCCAAGACUAGUUUUGCAUACACGUUUAACAUCCUUUUAAUGUUUAAUGUUAAUUUGUAAACAAUAUAUUCCAUGGCAUGCUGCUGAUAAACCCAUCCAAUAAAUGGAUGUUUGUGUGUAUGCAUUCUGGUAUGAUUAGUAUCAAAUUUUGCCCUUGCUUACUUUUUUAAAUUUUAUUACUAUAAUGGCUUUGAAUUCUUUCCUGAUGAAGUUGGCUUACAAUACGAUAUGGUGUUUCAGGUACGACUGGCCCUUCAUUUUUUCUCACAGACAAAAGGGUAGUGAGAGGCUAUUUGACACUUGCUUAGCAAUGUUCGAAUUUCUAUGAUAUUUCUAUCAUCUUCCACUCCAUUGCAAAUCAUGUUUCCGAACAUCUAUCUGCAUUUGAUAUACAACUAAACCUGACAAGUUGGGCUUUGACGCUAUAAUAUGCCUAGCUUUGCAUUUCUCGUCUGAGUCGAGCUGUGUCAUCUGGUGAAGGCUCAAUAAAUUGGCCAUUACGAAAUAUGAACAUCAAUAGGCAGAUAAAGUUUUGUGUGUAACUAAUAACUAUAUAACAGCACUGUAUUAACAUUCCAACACAACUUUCAUUCUGAUGAAAGGUCAUAGAAUUGAAAUGUUAACUUUUCUCCAGAGAUGUUGCUUACUCUGCUGGACAUUUCCAACAUUUUUAUGUUUGUACUAACAUUCCAGUAACGGUCUCCUUUCAAGGAUACCCAGAUUAUUAUUAUUAUUAUUAUUUGAUUUGUUUGCAACAAUUAAGUACUUCUGGGCAUGAUGGGGGUGGGGUGCAGUAUAACAUUCUAUCGCCGUUGUACAAAGUUAACAACUUGUACCUUGUUGCUGUUGUAUAAACAUUACUUUUACUUGGUUCUCCUUUGUCAUAGAAGCCUUUCAGAUGAAAGUUACAAGUUCAUAAAGUGUAACAAGAGAUAGCGAGGAGCAUGUAAAAUGUAAUCAUGUGCCCCUGGGGAGGUUUUUAGACUUGCAUUAUUAACAUUUCAUUCUGGAGACUUUCUUUAGCAAAAUUGGUCUUUAUUGUUGGUGUUAUAGGACAGUUUCUUUAAUGGGUUUAAAGCUCAAUUCUGUGUUCAUUUGAUUAAAAAAAACACUUGCUCAUUAAAGCCUGA